CGCCACACAGCACUUAACACCCGCUGUUGUGAAGUAAAUAAAAUCUGGAAAGUAGAUCCCUCGGAAGCACCGAGAACAAGGCAAAUAGUGAAAAUUGCAGAAUCGGUUUGAUUGAGUCUGUUCAUGGGCAGUAAUGGAAAACGCAACACUGCCCACGCCCCCUAGCACCGGCUUAAGCAGUAUUCAAUCUUCAAACAUAACUGGAAUUUUAGAUAUCGUCUCCUUUAAUUGGUAUGACUUUAAAUUCUUCUACAAUAAUGUAUAUAAAGCUGUAAUGUGAUUACUAUUGUUAGUGUAAAUGCGCUAAACGAGGAGAACAGUACUUCAAAGACUAGUAAAUAAAGGUUAGUCCGAUUUCGUUCGUUGCAAUAAUUCAAUUGGCCGUCAGCAACUUAAAAGCAUAUCAUGAGUGCAUCGAGCUUAUGGAAUGUCAUAAAACAAUUAGGUGAAAUAAAAAAAAAAGCUCAUUGAUAAUUACUUCGUUACAUAAAGUUUGAACGAGAGGAAAGGAUUAAAAUUUAUAACACGGGGCCAUUAUCGGAAAGAACAAGUAGCUAAGAUAAUGAGAUAUGACCCAAUAAUAAGGCAAAUACACACCAUUCUAGGUGCUACUUGUAUGCAUUUUGAACAAAGUUUGUAGUUUCUUACAACAAUGAAACGAUUAGAAUUUCACACUGUGGAUUAUAUGAUUAUGGUAAUAUUCCUUGUUAUAUCUUCCGCGAUUGGAAUUAACUAUGGCUUUUACAAGAAACAGAGAACAACAGAGGAAUAUAUUCUUGGUAACCGGCAGAUUCAUCUUGUUCCGGUUGCUUUAUCGCUGGCAGUCACUUUUCAAUCUGCAGUAUCCAUUAUUGGAGCUCCAAGCGAAAUUUAUCUAUAUAACAUUAUGGCGUUUUAUGGGACCUUUGCACUUCCUAUUGCAUAUUUAAUACAAGCUUUACUCAUCGUGCCUUUGGUACACCCAUUAAGGCUGACUAGCGCAUACGAGUAUCUACAGCGACGUUUCCAGUCUAGAGCUGUGCAGCUUCUCGGCAUGACAAUGGGCAUGCUGCAAACGCUGCUGUAUUUGAGCAUAGUCUUGUACUCCCCAGCUCUUGCGCUCCAAGCAGUUGCUGGAAUUCCAGUGUGGUUAUCAAUUGUAUUGAAUAGAGUAUUAGGAACUGUUUACACCGCUAUUGGCGGAAUGAGAACUGUUAUAUGGACAGACACAUUCCAGUUUGUGAUGCUUUAUGGUGGUCUGACAGUGAUCCUUAUACUGAGUGUAAAGGAAAUUGGAAGUUUAUCAAAAGUGUUUGAGCUGUCGUCAAAAGGUGGUCGGAUGAAAUUUGAUGAGAUAAGCCCAGAUCCUCGUGUACGCCAUACAGUGUGGGGAUGUGUCAUCAGUGGUGUGUUUAACAUGCUGCCAAAUUGCUGUAACCAGUCAGUAAUACAGAGGAUAUCUUCCAUAGAAAAAGCAAAGGAUGCUAAAAUCGCCACCCUCUAGAAUAUACCACUAGCCAUAAUCUUCAGUUCCAUUCUUACAUUGACUGGACUGGUGCUUUAUGCAUACUUCGUCAUAAAAGCAUGUGAUCCUUUGGCUAAUGAUCAGGUGUCAAAUUCGAAUCAGGUUUGUUGUCAGCAUGUUGUAAAUAAUUACUUAGUUAUAGUUAAUUUUAUCAUUGAAUGUACAAAAUAGAUAGAACUUUAGUGUCUUUUACGGCAGCUGUAUAGACUUUGUUACAUGUACAGACAUUUGCGUACGCGGAAGUUUAGAAGAAGGGAUUUUAGUUAAAUAAUCACGAAAUGUAAAGUUACAAAUGUAUAAGCAAAAUAAAUAUUUUUCUUCUCUUUAAACAUUUUGCGUCCUAAAAUAACUUAUAUAGAGAGAAACAUGCGGUCACGUCUGAGAAGUUUUGAAUUUUAGUUGAUGAUAUAUUUCGUCCUGACUGCGUUAAAUGAUGUCCCGGGGCUUGCUGGGAUAUUUCUUGCAGCAGUUUUCAGCGGAGCGUUAAGAUGUGUAACACGGCUUUUGGAGCAGCCGGUGGUCCAGUUGUUGGCAUAUUUUUCCUGGGUGCUAUAUUUCCUCAGGCUAACAAGAAAGUAAAAAAAGGAGCUUUAAUAGGAGGUAUAUGUAGCAUUGCUAUCAAUAUGUGGAUUGCUCUCGGUUCCUUUCUGUAUGGACAAAAAAGCCCCACAGUCGGAACCAAUCUCAACAUCCGGGUGCUUCCAAAAUGAAACAGACUUAUCUACGUUGAAUGUAACUGUAUCAACAAGAAGCUAUUACAGUUCAAUAGCAAAUGCCACUUUUGAACGUAAUUGGGAUGAGUCAACAACAGUGGAUAUGUUCGAUUAUCAUCAGGGCAUGAUGGACGAUCACCUUGCUGUCUAUGAUUUGUCCUAUGUUUGGCUUGGAUUUACAGGAUUUCUAACCGCUAUAAUCGUCGGUUUGGCAGUCAGUUUUAUUACAGGUAAAGAUAGAGAACACCCUACAGAGCAAAUAUACAUUAUUCCAUUUCUACGACGUGUGUGGAGAUUCGACAAGUCAGCUUCACAUGAAAACCCAAAAACUGAAAACUGUUUUGUUUCUAGCGAUAAGGAAAUAGAACUGAGUGGUGCGAAUAAGAGAAUUACAAUUGAACAAAUUGAUUGAAUGACAGCAGAGAUAUGCAUAUUAACUUUCUUUAUCUAUUAGAGGUGUAUAAGACACGAACUUGGUUGUGAGUUUGUGAAUGAACAUAAUUUCUUCAUCAAUUAGUGUUGCAAGUAUACGAGGGGCACUUCAAAAGUAAUGCAACUUGGGUGAUAUAAAGUGCGCGUUUGAUAGAUUUUAAAUUAUUUACGCGUCAUAUCCUCAAAGUAAUCCCCCUUGUUACGUACACAAAGUUUCAAACGUUUAAUCCAGUUCUUAAAGGCAUCUUCAUGCUCAUUUUCAGGUAUACCCAGCAUACACUGAUAAGCAGCGGACCCAAGGCCUGUCGGGACCUAUACCGUCUACCAGAUAAAUGAUUUUUUUUUUCAAUUUAGGGAACAAGAAAUAGUCACACGGGGCUAGGUCUGGGGAAUAUGGUGCAUGUGGAAGAACUCGAACCCUUUCCUUGUUCAAAAACGAGGUCACAAUAGCAGACUUAUGCGCAGGGGCGUUGUCAUGCAACAAGGAUAGGUGCUUAAAGCCAGUGUGUGGGCGACGUUUGAAACAUUGUUUUUUAAGUUUCUUCAACAGUUUUUCUUUAUUAAAUAUACCAGUCUUAGAUUUUCUAUUUGGUACAACCAGUUGCAUAAUAGGGCAACGUAUAUCAAACAAAAUAACAAACAUUGCUUUCUUAGCACUAAUCAAUCUUUUGGCAAUUGAGGGGCGGCGACAGUUUUUGGUAGCCCAUAUUUUGUUGUUUAUUUUUCUGGUAGGCUCGAAAAAGUGAACCCAUGUCUCAUCUCCAGUAAUAAUGUCAGAAAACUGCUUUCUUUGAUAUUUUGGAAACAUUUUAAGCAGUUUUCUGGCGGUUUCAAGUCGGACAUGCUUUUGCUUGUCUGACAAUAAAUGAGGGAUCCAUCUAGCUGUAAUACGUCUCAUUUUUAAAUUACGUUUUUGAAUGCGGAAUACGCUUGCGGCUGAAAUAUAUCUGAUGAACAGUUAGUCUGGCGUCAGGCUUAACCACAUCACAUACUUUGUUAACCAUAGUGUUAGAAGUAGCACAACAAGGACGUCCCGAUUUUGGUGCAUCAUUAAUGGAGUCACAACCGCUUUUAAACUUCUUAAUCCACCUCGUGACGGUGGCAUACGACACUUCAUUCUGUCCAUGAACAACACACAAUUCGUCAAAAAUCUCCUUCGCUGAUACGCCAAACUGGCAUCGAGUCUUUAUAUAACCUGGAAUUUCAGCUGCCAACCAAUUUACUAUAGUAUCAAUGACUAUAUGUUGCGUUUAUCACUGUAUUAGCGAUAAUACUGCGUGUACACCUAUAAAUUUGGUAUGUCUGUGUAGAGAAUGGAUGUCUCGCUAUAUCGGUACAAUUUUCAAGAAAAUCCCGUGCAAGGCGAGGCGCAUGAUAAUCAGUUGCAUUACUUUUGAAAUGCCCCUCGUAUUUUAAAUAGUAUAUGCCUUAUGGGGACUUAGUCCAGUGCUUCUUAAUUUACUAAUAUAGACGGAUUCCAAAUCACCUUCAUUACAAGUGUCAACAAUUUCCUGUUAUUCAGUAUCAUACUAUUACAAAAGAUAAAAGAUAUACCCGUGACCUUUACUGAAAAGAUCAUUUUUAAUCCGCCAUAUACCGACAAAUCAUGAGGUGUUCAUAUUUUUCUGGAACCUUUAAAGAUAUAUUUGAUUUAUGAUCUGAUGAAUGACAAAUACAAAUCGAAAAGAACAAGAGUUGUUUGUAAAACAUCAUUAUCAUGCCGCUAACAAUAGCCUGACAGAGGAACACAGGAUAUGCCAUUUUUAAAUAUCAGCUACUUUGGUAUUUGAUCUUAUGACAAAAAGAACACUUGGAGUCAUUUCCAGACUAAAGGAUAUCAUUUAAUGAAGUUUUACUGCAGUAGGUCUAGUUACGACUAGCAACCUAAUUAAACAUAAUAAAUUGUAGUAUUUACUAGCCUGGUUCAUCUUUGUAUUAGAUUUUCAUUCUCAAUACUAGAAAUAAAUUCGAAUAUUUA